AUGGAAUUUUUCACAGGCGAGAGGUUCGCUUCACGAGCACGGCAUCUGCUCAACAAGCAUCAUGUUCCAGGACUUGCCGCCGCCAUUGUCCAAGGCGACAGGAUUGAGACAGCAGCAUACGGGAAAUCAUGCAUCAAUCCACCUCGCGAUUGCACGCCGGAGACUCUUUUUGAUGCAGCUUCGACUUCAAAGAGUAUGACGGCAGCUGCUGUCAGUCUUCUUGUCGAUGAAAAUGACAAAUAUCGAGGCAUACAGUGGGAUACUCCUAUGUCAACACUUCUACGAGAUGAUUUUGUGCUUGCAAGUGAGGCUGAGACUGCGACUGUAACUGUAGAAGACAUUCUCAGCCACAGAAGUGGAAUGGCACCACACGAUUUUUCGUACAUGAGCCCAAGGGCUGCUCGGCCCGAUGAUGCCAAGUCUGUGACGCGAAAUCUGAGAAACCUAGACACAGCCGCUCCGGUCCGCUCCAAGUACAUGUAUUGUAAUAUGAUGUUUACAGCAGCUGCGUAUCUCGUGGAGGAAUUGAGCGGCACUAAGUUCGCUGACUUCCUCCAUGACCGGUUUUUCCAGCCUUUGGGAAUGACUUUGACCAACCUUCAACCCUUCAGGGCCCGACAAAAAGGGCUCAGCGAGUUGAUUGCUACUGGAUACACGUGGGAUGAGAGACUCUCAGCGUAUACAGAGAUUCAGUGCCUGGAUUGUCCUGAAGCACAAGGCGCAGGCUCCAUCAUUACUUGCGCAGCAGAUUAUAUCAAAUGGAUCAAGGCACUCGUGAACCAGGAGAAGCCCAUCAGCGAAGCUGCAUACCGCGAUUUGCUGCGUCAGCGUACGCUGAUGAAUCCGGACGCCGAAAAUCUUUCUCCCCGCACGUCGCCAGAUGUUUACGCUGCUGGACUGAUUACAUAUUACUACCGCGGCUUUCUCGUGGUAUGCCACCCUGGCGGCGUUCCUGGCUUUGGUUCACAUAUCUUCUUUCUUCCCGAGUUCAAGUUUGGCGGCGUCAUCUUCACAAACUCGCUCGACGGACAACGUGUCGCCAUCACUCUUGCGUCUGAAUUAAUUGAUGAACUUCUCAAUGUACCAGCUGUUGAGAGAUUCGAUGGGGGUAAGGCUGGCUCGCUGGCACAGGAAGACUCAGGGGAGGCUGAAGAGCCGCCGGCUCGAUGCCAAUCUCAAUCAGUACCUACUGAGCGGCAGAGACAGGUCUUCCCACUGACAGCAUACAUUGGGACAUUUACUAAUGUUGGAUAUCACACUUUGGAAGUAGUUAUUCGACAUAACAAACUGUACAUUGAUGCAUCGGAUCGAUCAAUGGGUUUCACGCUGGAAUUCGAGCAUGUCAGCGAGCAGCGGAAGUAUGCGGCUAGGAUGAAGCUUUGCGAUGAGCUCGGAGGUAUCAAAGGGGGUCUGAUCAAUGCCGAAUUUCGACUGGAAAAAGAAAGAUUUAUGAUGGGGCUAGAUCUAGAGCCAAACUUGGGUCGACUAAUCUGGUUUGAGAGGAUCACGGGUGGUUUGCCGGUCGAUGAACUGCGUGAGAUUUGGCAAAGCCAACAUGUCGCCUAA